AUGCGCCAGCAGUUGAUCGCGGAGGCUCCCCAUGUCUCCGGCCAGUCCAACACGCCCAUGACGGCACCCGCCCACGCCCUCACCUCCGAUCAGGUCGCCGAGCAGCUCCAGGGCCACACCGUCAAUGGCCUCACCAUGGUCGAGGCCAAGAAACGCCUCGAGGACCACGGCCGCAACGAGUUCGGCGAGCAGGAGGGCGUUCAACUCAUCAAGAUCCUCAUCGGCCAGAUCGCCAAUGCCUUGACUCUAGUGCUCAUCCUCGCCAUGGGGGCGUCCUUUGGUAUCCAGUCCUGGAUUGAAGGCGGCGUCGUUGCUGCUGUCAUCAUCCUUAACAUCGUCGUCGGCUUCUUCCAGGAGUUCCAAGCUGCCAAGACCAUGGACUCGCUGCGUUCCCUUAGUUCUCCCACCGCCCACGCCGUGCGUGACGGAAACAACGAGGUUGUCGUGACUGCCGAGAUUGUCCCCGGUGACUUGGUCGAGCUCAAGACGGGCGAUACCAUUCCCGCUGAUAUUCGCCUGAUUGAAGCUGUUAACUUUGAGACCAACGAGGCCCUCCUCACGGGCGAGUCCCUCCCCGUUCGCAAGGAAACCGGGUCUAUCUUCCCCGAUGACACUGGCCCUGGUGAUCGCUUGAAUGUUUGCUACAGCUCGUCCACCGUCACCAAGGGUCGCGCUCGCGGUAUCGUCUUUGCUACUGGUAUCUACACCGAGAUCGGUCAGAUUGCUGUCGCUCUCCGUGGAAAGUCGUCUCGUCGUCGUGAGCCUAAGCGCCGCGACGACGGCACUGCCUCUUCGGCUCGCUGGAUGCAGGCUUGGACCUUGACCUUUUCUGACGCCGUUGGUCGUUUCCUCGGGGUCAACGUCGGUACUCCUCUCCAGCGCAAGCUGUCCAAGCUGGCUCUUCUUCUCCUCGGAACUGCUAUCGUCUGUGCCAUCAUCGUCCUUGGUGCCAAUGAGUUUAAAACCAAGCGCGAGGUCAUCAUCUACGCUGUCGCCACUGGCCUGUCUAUGAUUCCGGCUUCUUUGAUUGUUGUACUCACCAUCACCAUGGCUGCUGGUACUAAGCGCAUGGUCCAGCGAAACGUCAUUGUUCGCAACCUCAAGAGUCUCGAGGCUCUUGGUGGAGUCACUAACAUUUGCUCUGACAAGACCGGAACCCUCACCCAGGGCACCAUGAUCGUCAAGAAGGCAUGGAUCCCUGGCCGUGGCACCUAUUCUGUCGGUUCCACCAACGAGCCCUUCAACCCGACUCUGGGAACUCUUGGUCUCCAGUCGGCUCAGCCCAAGGAUAUCGACUUUCAGGCCAACGACUCCGAAGGCACCCCCAUCAACGCCGAGGAGGUCGCCUCCAAGGACGAGACGCUCCAGCAGUACUUGGACAUUGCCUCCCUCGCCAACCUCGCCACUGUUCACCAGGUCGAGGGCGAGUGGCACGGCCGCGGCGACCCAACCGAGAUUGCCAUGCAGGUCUUCGCCACUCGAUUCGACUGGAACCGCCUCCGUCUCACCACGGGAGAAAAGGCCCAAUGGCACGGGGUGGCCGAGUUCCCCUUCGACUCCGACGUGAAGAAGAUGUCCGUCGUCUUCGAACAGGCAGCGACGCAGAAGCAAUGGGUCUUCACCAAGGGUGCCGUCGAGCGAGUCGUCACGUCCUGCCCCCGCUAUGCCGUUGGCGACGAGAUCAAGGACCUCACUCCCGAUGUUGAACAGGACAUCCUCCGGAACAUGGAAGCCCUUGCCCGCCUUGGACUCCGAGUCCUCGCCCUGGCGAGCCGCACUGAUAUCCGCCACGUCGUCGACAACGAAGCUGAGUUGGAUCGAGCCCAAUUCGAAUCGGACCUCGUCUUCCGUGGUCUUAUUGGACUGUAUGAUCCUCCCCGUCCUGAGUCCGCGUCCUCUGUCCGCCAAUGCCACGAAGCCGGCGUCAGCGUUCACAUGCUCACUGGUGACCACCCCGAGACUGCCCGUGCCAUCGCUAUCGAGGUUGGCAUCCUGCCUACCAGGAUGUCCCAGAUCUCUGCCGACAUUGCCAAGACGAUUACCAAGGUCCGCAUGAUCAACGCCCUCCACCGCCGCAAGCGCUUCGUCGCCAUGACUGGUGACGGUGUCAACGACUCCCCCAGCUUGAAGCAGUCCGAUGUUGGUAUUGCUAUGGGCCUCGCCGGUUCUGAUGUCGCCAAGGAGGCUUCCGACAUUGUCUUGACUGAUGACAACUUUGCAUCUAUCCUCAACGCCGUCGAAGAGGGCCGACGCAUGUUCGAUAACAUCCAAAAGUUCAUUCUCCAUGUCUUGGCCGAGAACAUUGCCCAGGCUUGCACCUUGCUCAUCGGUCUUGUCUUCAAGGAUGCGAGCGGAAUCUCCGUGUUUCCUUUGGCGCCGGUCGAGAUUCUCUGGAUCAUCAUGAUCACCUCGGGCAUGCCCGAUAUGGGACUAGGCUUUGAGAUUGCUGCGCCCGACAUCAUGCAGCGACCUCCCCAAAACUUGAAGCAAGGUGUCUUCACCCCAGAGUUGCUCAUCGACAUGGUCGUUUAUGGCCUCUGGAUGUCCGCUCUUUGUCUAUCCUCGUUCGUCCUCGUUCUGUACGGAUUCGGCAACGGAAAAGCCGACAUUGGCGAGAACUGCAACAACGACUACAGCGAGAGCUGCAAGGUCAUCUUCCGUGCUCGUGCGACCACUUUUGCCUGCCUCACCUGGUUCGCCCUCUUCCUGGCCUGGGAAAUGGUCAACAUGCGUCGCUCCCUGUUCUGGAUGACGCCCAAGAGCAAGAAGUACUUUACUCAGUGGAUGCACGAUGUCUGGCGCAACCAGUUUCUCUUCUGGGCCAUCAUGGCCGGUUUCGUCACCAUGUUCCCCAUCAUCUAUAUUCCCACCCUGAACACCGUCGUCUUCAAGCAUGCUCCCAUCUCUUGGGAAUGGGGCAUUGUGUUUGUCGAGGCCGUCGUCUUCUUCCUGGGCAUUGAAACGUGGAAGCUGCUGAAGCGCAUCUACUUCAGACGCCAGGCUCGCAAGGAGACUGGCGGCGAGACGGACUUUGAGACUCGCGUUUUUGGACACUACUACAACAUGUCCAGCGGCAGCCAGGACGAGGAGAGCGGCCAGGAAAAGAGAGCUUGAAGAAGCGGGCUGGGAAAGUCUCAACACGAGCAAUCUCUGGUCAGUGGCUGCGGAACUGGAGGGGAAUCUUCAUGGUUAAGCUCCAUGGAGAAGCAGCCUGGGCAAAAACACAAGUAAUGCCUAGAGGAGAGACGUCGAGGACGGUAGAAAACUGGUGGAUCUAAUUCCCCGGUCAUACCGAGGGAACGACACCCUAAAGUAUAGGGUGACGGGCUAGGUCAAGCAGGCAUCGUAGGCUAUGAGGUAGGCGUUAGGUAGGUCAAAACGUAGGCUGAAUAUACAAUCAUGUGCAAUAA